AUGUCAAAUACUCAACCGAAAUCUGAAUCGACCAUACCAUCAACAUCUACUUUUGAUCCAAUUAAUUUAGAAUCUGAAAUUCUUCAGUUAUGUCUUCAAUUUCCUAAUGGUGUUAGUGAUAAAAUUCUUGAAAAUUCAUUUCGUAGUGUCACAUUAGAACAACGUGUUAGUGCUAUAAAUCAUUUAUUAUCAUUAAAUAAAAUUGAUUUAUUAAAAUCUUCAAAUGAACCAGGUACAUAUCUUUAUCGUAUACGAGAUCCAAUGAAUAAAUCAAAUUCAUCAAUAUCAAUUGGUAAUGGAGUAACAGAUCAAAUGGAAAGAACAGUUUAUCAAGUUGUUAAAGAAAGUGGAAAUUUAGGUAUUUGGAUGCGUGAUAUUAGAUUUAAAAUACAAUUAUCGCCAACCAUACUUAAUAAAACACUUAAAUCAUUAGAAAAUAAAAAAUUAAUUAAAGCUGUCAAAUCAGUACAUGCCAAUAAGAGAAAAGUUUAUAUGUUAUAUGAAUUAACACCAGAUCCGUCUAUUACCGGUGGUACAUGGUAUUCUGAUCAAGAGUUUGAAGCUGAAUUUGUUCGAAUUUUGAAUGAACAAUGUGCACGUUUAUUAGAUGAACAUCUUGAUGAAUCAAUAGAAAAAUUUCCGAAUGAUCCAUUUCUACGACGAACAAGUUCAUUGAUGUCUAGUUCCGAACUUGCUUCAAUUAUUAAUCAAAUGGGUAUUGCUACAGUAACUUUAACUGCACAAGAUAUCGAAUCAAUAUUAUAUACACUUAUUUGUGAUGGAAAAAUUGAAAAAAUGACAGUAGCAUCAACAACAACGAAUGAAAAUGGAGCUAAACAAAAUUUGUAUAGAUCGAUUAGAUCAACGAUUGAUUCAACUCCGGUUGUACGAAAUCCGUGUGGUAUUUGUCCUGUUUUCAAUGAUUGCCAUGAUGAAGGUGUGAUUACACCUAACACUUGUAUUUAUUUAAAUAAGUGGCUUAAUUUUUGACACUUAUCAAUGUUUCUGUUGAAUGCUAAAUGGCUAACGGAUCAGUCGGCUUGUCAGUCUUUGGCUCGGACCGAUUCAAUUUUGAAAACUUGCCACUUUUCUUCUAUCAAUUUUUAGGGCAACAAAACUACUCUAUUUUGCUCAUUUUUUUUAAUGGAUAUUCAUGCCUUUCAAGAACCGAAAGAAUGAACUUAAAAGUUUUCAAUCGAAUAUUUUCUUGUCGUCAUCGAAAUCUUAGCUUUAAAUAUUGAGUUCACGGGUUUUCGUUACAUGAUAACAACCUCACAUUAUACUGAAUGAACUUCUUACGACCACGAAAAGUUAGCCAAACAUGAGAGAUUUUUCACCGGGAAAUUUCGAGCUAACUUUUUUGGACUACUUUUAAUCGACUGUCAUGAACUCUCUAUGGCUAGUAGCUUGCACUUUAUCAUUCCGAUACGAAAAUAUAACUAAAUUUCUAUUCUAUUCAGAGACUUAUAACAGUCACUAGCAUCAAACAACUGUUUACACAUAUAGAUAUUAAGAAAGCUGAAUAUAUGAAAUCUAGUACAAACUCAUGCUUUAUGGAUAAUUUUUAUCUUAUUGACAGUAGUAUCCUUUAAUGAAUUUAGAAAAGUUCUUUAAUCGUUCUUAGUAUUAAAGACUUUCUCGAAAUAGCUAGUUGGUUAAUUGAUCUCUUAAACGGAUCGAUUUUCUGUCGAUUCGAUUCUAAGUGUAAUGUUGGCGAGCGUACAGGUUGAGUUCGGGUAACCCGUUCAUCAUCCAAUUAGAAAAACAGCGAAAAAAGACGAGUCGAAAUUUUAACGACAAUAAAAUCAUGAAGUGUACAUUUUUACGCGUCAAAUUUUUGAACGAUUAUAUAUUCGUUCGGAAGCUUUAACGUGUUACAAACGCAUAAAAAUGUGUGUUUUUUACAAUUUUGUUUUCGUUCAAGAUACUCAACGCGUUUUUUAUACGUUCGUUUUCUAAAUUGAGUAAAUUCUUUGAGAAAACAAGAUUGUAAAAGCUGAGAACACAUUUAAACCAUUUCCCAACAAACCACGUCCAUAUGUACGACUGUUUUCUCUAUCAGUAGCUCCUGAUGAUCAAAAUAAAUUGGUGUUGGCAACAAAAAUCAAACAAAGAUGGAACAUAAGUUCCAUGAAUAUAUUGAUCGGUAAUGGCGAAAAAUUAGCAAAACUCUUUGCUAAUAGUCAACUUAUUAUAUUUGAACGUGUUCGAGCCUCGAACACAAAUUUUUUAUAUGCCAUUGCUGUGAUUCGAACCGGAAAAAAACCGGCAGUAUACCGCCGGUAGACCGUUCGGUAUCAUCUGCCCUCUACCGGCGGUUAACCGGCGGCUUUGCCGGU